CUUGCCUAAGAAACACGGUUCUUGUGUGCGAUGAACAGUUCAUGUUUUUGGGAAAACUUGUGUCAAAGACGGAGAUAAUGUCUGAUAAAGAGAAGCUUUUGGAGACACUGGAAGAUUUGUCAGAUGAAGAAUUCAAGGAGUUCAAGUUGUUCCUGCAGAGUCCUGACAUCCUGGGAAUACUCCCAGCCAUCCCAAAGAACCAACUGGAAAACGCAGACAGGCUGGACACCGUGGAUAAGAUCAUACAGACCUUCAGCCAUCAGUCUGUAGAAGUGGUGAAGAAGGUUUUAAAGAAGAUUAAUAGGAAUGAUCUGGUGGAGAAACUAUCAAGGACCAGCCCAGAACCACAAGAACCCCCUCCUGUCCAGAUUACAGUCCAUCGUGUGAACAGUGAGUUCCUGUCUAUGCGUUGGGACACCCCCGAUGGUGAAGUGGAGAGUUCCACUGUGACUUGUCACAGUGAAGGAGACAUUGUGCAAGAGAUGUCAACGGCCACAAACAGCCUGACUGUCAGCAACCUGAAUCCAGGAGUGUGUUACUCUCUCCAGGUUUCUGCACAACUUAGGUAUGGAAGAAUAAGCAAGCCAGCAGUAACAUCUGUCAACACAAAGACACACCUAGAAGGCGUAUUGGAGGAUCUGGGGUUGGAGCAGCACUACACAGAGAAGCUGUCCCUGAGCACAAUACUCCAGAUUGAUGAGAAGACCAUUACUGAUGACCCUGCUAAGUGUAAUUCAGAUCUUCCGUGGUAUUUUCUGAAGAAACUGAUGAUGGUUAAUGUGACCGCUAGGAAUGUGAAAGGUACAUCAGUCUGUGAGUCCAGCUAUGAUGAUCCGUCAGGGAAUACAGAGUUAGAUCUUGAUAAUCUGGUCAAAUUUCUAAAUUCAGGUGACAUGCUAAACCCCCUUGACAUGAUCACUGCUCUCUUUCUGUGUUCUGAUGGUUUUGUACGGCAGGAAAUGGCCCUCAAAAUGUCCAUGUGUCAGUUUGCUGUGCCUCUGUUGCUUCCUAACUGUGACACAAAUCAGUGCACACUCAUGCUUUGGGCCAUGAGAGAUAUUGUUAAAAAGUACAGACCUCAGUCUCUUUUACAAUCCAAGGGCUUCAUUGAACAAAGAAUUGUUCUCUCUGAACUUCCGAUGAUAUCUUUUGUGAGACUGGGUGAAAGCUCAAUGUCCAAGUCAGAGAUCCUCAAUAAGCUUCUGAGCAAUCCCCAGCAAUACCAUGAUUUCUUUGUUCAUCAUAAUAUGGAGUGUGGUGACAGUCAAAGGAAAAUAUCCAAUGGACUGGCUGAAAUGACUUGGUACCUUCCAUGUGGGAGUGAAAACAUGGAUGUUUUCAGGGAGCCAGUAGCUGUAGCUAACCUUCGUGGGGACAUUGCUUUGUUUGAAACACAAUUUUCUUUUUUGUGUCAGACAUCUGCAGCAGUGUUUGUGUUCUUCGACACUCUGGAUUCUGAAUGUAAACUACUUAGCAACCAAGACCACAAGGCACAGAUCUUCUUGGUGGGUAACCUUCAAAGCAAGAAUUUCAAUUUGAAUGCUCUAAAGAAGUUAGCAACCAAUUUGGGCUUAAAUAACAGCAACAUCCUUUUAAAGGAUAAGCAAAAUGAUGCCGACUUUGUCAAAAUCCUGCGGAAAACAGUCGGUAAUGUUGUUGAGAACUCAAAGAUGAAGAUGAGAAUGGAGCAGAUGGCUGACAUCGCCCGUGACCUGGGAAUCCAGGUCGAUGAAGACACUCCAGAGUGCCAGGAUGCAAAGAAAAAUGCAGAUGGGAUCACUGCAGAAAUUCAAAAUAUCCUCAAAUAUAAAGAAGCUGAGCUACCCUUGCAAGGCCAAAUAUGGAAGGAACUGACUUCCUUAGAGAAGGAAGAAUUCCGGCUUCGAAAAGUUGGAUCUGAGGACAUAGAAAAGUACAAAAGUGAUCUUAAGGUACAGAAAACAGAACUUAGGAAAAAACAAAACUCUUAUGACAUGUCAAAAGCAAUGAGAUGUUUCAUCAGCGCAAUAUCAAGCCCAGGGAUGGAGAGGAGCUAUUUCCUGAAAUGGAUGCGAAUGAACCUCGAUAAUGUGUCCCAAGAAAAACUGUCUGGUCUCAGGGAGCAGUACAAAGAAAAAUGCAAAAGUUCUGAGAACAGAGAGGAGAUCAAAGACAUUGACAGACAACUUUCCAACAGCUCACUGGGGACUGAACACUUCUUCCGUGAAAUGGGUCAGAUCUAUGAAGCUUCACUUUCCCUUCCAGAAACAGACCAAUCACGUCAACAGUUACAGCAUCUGCCCAAACUUUGUGCAGAAUUGUUACUUGAUGGAUUCCCUCUUGAGCUUGUAGAUGGAGAUGCAUCCAACAUACCUCUACGAUGGGUGAGUGACGUUCUGUCUCAGCUCAAUGACAUGGUGCCCCCCGAGAGCAAGAUACUGGUAGUCACAGUCCUUGGAGUUCAGAGCACAGGGAAGUCCACUCUCCUCAACACCAUGUUUGGAGUGCAGUUUGCAGUCAGCAGUGGCCGAUGCACUCGAGGUGCCUUUAUGUUGCUCAUCAGAAUCAGUGAAGAUCUUAGAAAAGAACUCAACUGUAACUUCAUGCUGAUCAUUGACACUGAGGGCUUGAAGUCGCCAGAGCUUGCACAACUGGACAAUAGCCAUGAGCACGACAAUGAGCUUGCAACACUUGUUGUGGGGCUGAGUGAUAUCACCAUCAUCAAUAUUGCAAUGGAGAAUUCAACAGAAAUGAAGGACAUCCUACAGAUAGUUGUGCAUGCCUUCCUCAGAAUGAAAGAGGUUGGCAAAAGGCCCAAAUGUCAGUUUGUUCACCAGAAUGUGUCAGAUGUUUCAGCCCAUGAGAAGAACUCACGAGACAGGAAACUGCUCUUGCAACAGUUAAAUGAGAUGACGCAGGCAGCAGCCAAAAUGGAAAAGAAAGAGGAGAACAAGAGCUUCACUGAUGUGAUGGAGUACAGUCCAGACACUGGGAACUGGUACAUUCCUGGACUGUGGAAUGGAAACCCACCAAUGGCACCAGUCAAUGCCGGGUACAGUGAAGCUGUAUAUGAGCUCAAGAAGAACAUAAUCCAAAUUUUGGGACGUUGUGAGUCAUCUGCUAAUAAUAUCUUGGAGUUUACAGAGUGGAUGAAAAGCCUGUGGAAUGCAGUAAAGCAUGAAAACUUCAUCUUCAGCUUCAGAAACAGCCUAGUGGCGGAUGCAUACAUGAGGCUCUGCACCGAAUUCAACAAAUGGGAAUGGGAAUUCAAAAAAGAAAUGUACACAUGGGUGACGAAAUCUGAAACAAGAAUUUCCAACUACGGUACAGUCACUGUGAAAUCUGAGGCAUCUGACAUGGAAGAACUUCUCACAGGUUUGAGAAGUGAAGCUUGCACAAUGCUGUCUACAUGGGAGACAAAACUCCUUGACAAUCUGACAGAGUACUUCAAGAAAACAGAGGGACAUGUCUAUCUAGUUGAACAAUACAGAGAGGAGUUUGCAAACAGUGCAAAGAGCCUUAGACGAGAAAUGGAGCGCUCUGUACUUAAUCAGCAAUCAGCAUCUGACAUCAGACAGGGAAUGGCAGAACUUGAUAGAAUCAAGGAGAACCACACAAAAGAAUUAGAAAAGAGAGUAAAUGGACUGAUUGAACAAUGUCGGCAGAAAAAAGUCCAGAUGACAGACGACGAGCUUGACAAAGAAUUUGAUAAGAUGUGGAAUCAAAUGGUAAAUGAACUAUCGUUUCCUGAACAAAAGGCCACAAAUGUCAUCGCAAGUGUGUCCCACUACCUGAGAGAAAAUCUAGCUCAUAAGGGGAGUCAUGUUUGUGAAUUAUUAAGUAAAAAAAAAUUAAAAGAUUGUGGACUUAAGCCUUUUACAUACACAGCUACAGGAUAUUACGAGUCGAUUAAACACACAUUCAGCAAGAUGUUCAACAUUAAAGAUCACGUGAAGGCUCUGCAAAACCUAGCUGAUCGUAUCAUAAUGGAGUGCACACAGUUUGUGACUGAAAAACUGAAAAAAAAGAACAACUACCAUGACAAUUACAUCCAGGAGAUCCUACACAUGAUUGAUGAGAGGCUGCAAAACAAUCAGGAUGUUAAGAUGGAGAGAGAGAACGAGUUUGAAGUUUCUCUGAAACAGCACAUCUGUGGAUUUGCAGCUAGAGAGUUUCAGAAGAUGCACGAUGAGUUCAUACAAAUGAACGAUCCCUACAGAUGUUUGAAUCAAAACCAAGAAAAGUUCCGAGCUGACUUUAGAGAUGUGUUCCAUGACCAAGACCAGUGCCAGAAGAAGGCCGAAGAAUUCACCAACCGCUGCUUGAAGCCUGCAGUCGAAGACUUUGUCAACCGUUCCUUGGGUCCUGAUAUCAUUUGUGAAAUGUCAACAAGCCAGCAGUUCAGCACACGCAUGUUCUUCCAGUAUUCAGUUUUACUGGAUUUGCUCUCAAAGGAUGACUUCAGAAACUAUCAGAGAUAUAUUUGUUCAUAUGAGAAGUAUGUGAAGAAAUGGACACUCGAUCAAAUAGUGGAACACUUCUCAAAUCCGUCUACGUUGUUUCAGUUUGAGGAUCAGCAUCUCCAGUCAAGUGUCAGAAGCAUAAAUAACGCCAUCAACAAAGCUAAAACAGAAAAGAGUGGCGACUUGAAGACGUUUGUUAGAAAUGUCUGUCAGGAACUUGGUGAUAAACUGGUCAUUUCCCAGGAUGCCUUUGGUGCUUUCAUGAUCCUGAACAAAGCAGACCAGGAACAGUUUGCUCACUGGCUCACAGAGUGUGUGAAGGACAUGGCGAACACUCUUGGAGAAAGGUUUAAAGACACUAACAUCCAAAAGAAACUAGAAAACCUUCAUGUGAAUCCUCAGGAUGAGCUUUUCACCAAACUGAUUGGAUGUGGUCAUCAGUGUCCGUUCUGCAAAGCACCUUGUGAGGCAGGAGGAAGGUCCCACACUGAGCACUGGACUUCCCUACAUCGGCCUGAGGGUCUGGGUAGAUUCAAGUGGCAUAAGACAAAAAAACUAGCCACUGACGUAUGCUCUUCCUCUGUGAUCAGUGGCAUCAAAUUUAGCUGCAAUGCUACAAAGGGUGAAUAUCACCCUUACAAGAGUUACAGAGAUGUUUUCCCAGACUGGAGAAUCACUCCAGAUGCAAGUCUUCAGGCAUCAGACUACUGGAAAUAUGUACUGGCAAAGUUCAACAAGCAGUUUGCUGAAGCAUAUGGCGCAGAGCCUGCUGAUAUUCCUCCAACGUGGAAGGAGAUCACUCAUGAGCAAGCAGAAGCAAGCAUCAGAGAGUCCUUUAAUAUGAAGUAAGAGAAUGCAUGCUGGGUAAUUCCUGACGGGAACGUCCUCCUCACAUGGAGAUUUAGAUCUGAAAAGGCUGGAGAUAUUAUUGGUACUCAAUGAUUUAACCACUAAGGCUUACAGCAGGAAAAUAAAAGAAAAUAACUGCAAU